CACGCUGGCAUUACUGUGUUCCCUUUUGUGGUUGUCUGUCAUCUCACUGCAUACAAACAAAAACAAAACGUUUUCUAAAAAAGCCUGAUGGGUAUUAAAAGUGCCUCUAGGGUAUUUGAUGAACGGGACAGAUGUGUGCCCUCCAUGGGCAGUGGAGGCAAAACCCAGAGAGUGUUUACAGUUCUUGCAUGGAGAGAGAAGCUGUUGCUCAGUCAGGCAGUGUGAGACCUUACGAGAAACACUGCAGCCACCUGCAGUGGGAGGGGUAGGAGGAGUCCUUUGUGGUUUUUCAGCUUUUCUGAUGCACCUGUUGGUGGGAAGAGAGGCACUUCUUUUUUCCUGAUACAUCCUGCAGUUACUGUAUACUGUAGACCUUUCCCUGGCAGCAGCCUUGCAAGGGACGACAUGAAACAGGAAUUCCUUCAUGCUGCUUUAGGGAGAGAUGCAAAGCCUGCUCUUCAGGGUGUGGCUGGUUGGCACAGACUAUUGUUUUGAUUGUUUGAUUGAUAAGGGCCUUAUUAACUCCCCUUGUAAGGAGAUUGCCAGGGUUAGUGAAAACAAACAGGUUGCUCUAAAUUCCAAAGGUUUUUGAGAUGAAUAAGUGCCAGUGGCUGAGAAGAGUGUGCUUUUACAGUGCACUGCUGCUUAGCUCUCUGACUUUCACAAGUUGUUAUGAUCACAUUUCCUUUCAAGAAUUGAAUUUACACUAUUUGUUGGACAAGAGACUGUACUGCAGCAUUUCGUUGUUCACUCAUUUUGGUGACAUUAUUAUCCUGCACUGUCACUGAUGAACACGACUGAGCUACACCAGUAGCUUUGUUUUUUAAUGCAAUUCUGCCAUAUGAUUAGCUGCUUUAAUAACUGCUUAAAUAAACAGUUCAUACACAGUACCUAAUAAUACCUAAUAUACAAAUAAUAAUACCUAGCAUAAAAAGAACACUGUAGUCUCCUGUUACAACCAGGCCUGAUAACCAUUGUUCAAACGUCCUGUGGACGAACAGAUAUCAGAUGUCACGGUCAGCUAGACCGCUUGCUAAUAUGCCAUAUCAUGCACAAAGCUUUCAAUUAAGGCUAUACAUAAUCUUCAGGCCCAGAACCAGCAGCGUGUCGGCUCUACAGUGCAAGGAACUGAAUCAUUUUAUUGCACAAUGCAGCAAAUAAACAUAAACCUAAACAGCAGAUAAUGUUUUAACUAACAUGCUGCAUGAGAUACAUCAGACAACGUUUGUGCGUCACUGCAGCUCCAGUUCCGUGGUUGGUUGGAACAUGUCCAAAGUUUAAAACUCCAAAUGCAAUUACAUGUUUUUGGUGACGUUGGUGCAUUUGCUUGGUCGGUGCUACUAUGAAUAUGGAUAUCCUUUUUACUUGUGUGGAUUUUUUUUCUCUUUUGUUUGCGAUAACAUUGUGAAAUUGCCGGUUUUUCAAGUAAGCGUAAGAUCAACUGGGAGCAAGGAAUCCAGUCAAAACCAGUUUGCUUUUCAAAUAUUAACAACAUCCACUUCUUAAGAGACACAGUUUUCCUCAGUUUCUCUCUGAGGCAGGAAUGUAGUGCAUAGUCGUAGUAGAGCAGGUAUGUAGUGCAUAGUCGUAGUAAAACUUGAACUGUGUGAUCUGUUCUGAGAUGGAGUGCUCAAGUAAGUUAACUUGUCUGAGUCCUGCUGAGUUGAGGCUGUUGAUCAGGCAGAGCGAUUCCAGAAUAAGCACCACCACUGGAUUGGCAAAAGGAUACCAGCAGGCUAAUGUCGUCAUUUUACCCAAGCACCUGGCCGAAGACUUUGAAGCCUUCUGUCACAGUAAUCCCGCCCCCUUGCCACUCCUAUAUCGCAGCCAAUCGGGAGAGACCUCCUGUCUGCCUUUAGCCAGAAAUGCUGACAUAAGGACAGACAUUUCUCAAUACUGUGUGUAUGAGAAGGGUCACCUGGUGGAAACAGUCUCCAGUCUGCAGAGUUACACCAGGGAACCAAGGAUUGCUUCAGGACAGCAGGCCGUAAAUCAGAGCCAUCCGUGGUCGGACAUGGUGUGUUUCUAUCUGGGCUGCAGUUUUGGCUUCGAGGGCAAAUUGAAGACCGCUGGAGUCCCUGUCAGAAAUGUGGAGCAGGGCAGAAACGUCAGCAUGUACAGGACUGCAGUUACCUGUCGCUCUGCUGGAGCCUUCAGCUGCCCUCUAGUGGUCACUAUGCGUCCUGUUCCAGCUGCUCUGCUGAAUGCGGCAGUGGAGGUCACUCAUCUCACUCCACGAGCACAUGGAGCACCUGUACACAUAGGAGAACCAGCGCUCAUCGGCAUAAAGGACAUGUCCAGACCAGACUAUGGGGAACCAGUCGAGCUGCAGCCUGGUGAUGUCCCAGUCUUCUGGGCUUGUGGAGUGACUGCAAUCGAGGCAGUACUGAGCAGCAAACCUUCAUUGGCCUUCAGUCAUUCACCAGGAUGUAUGUUCCUGACUGAUGUCCCAGACUCCUCUACUUCCCUCAUAACUCCUCCCCCUGACAGCCUGAAUGGCCCAAACAUUGAACUCAGUCCUGAGCUGACGCCACUCUGCUUCUUGGUGUCCCACAAGCCCUUGCUGUACAGCCUGGUAUCUCAGCGGGCAGCAGCAAGAAUCCGACAUCUGGAGAUUAUUAUUGGAGAAGAUCCAGGUCAACGAGGGAUCAGACAUUUGUUCACUGAGGAUGAACUUCUGCACUCCUGUCUGGCUCUCUCCCACUCCACCUCGGUUGCCAUAACGACUGGCUUCCCCACGUACGUGCACAGCCCACAUGAUGAGAAUGAUGGCCCACCUGGAGCCAUUGCCAUGGCGACAAUGCUGUUGUCUCUAGGGAAACAGGUGACCAUGGUAACAGACAGGAGAUCCUUGGAGAGGAACCAGGCCCUUAUUGAUGAAGCUGUGAAAACAGGUGUGCUGAAAACUACAAUCCCUCUGGUCACCUUUGAAGACACUGGCCCAGAUGCUGCUUUGCACUUUUUGUGUCACCAUGGAGACCCCAGCAAGCUCAGAUAUGACCACCUUGUGGCGAUAGAGCGCUGUGGAAGAGCAGCUGACGGACAUAACUACAACAUGAAGGGAGUGGAAGUCAAACAUCUGGUGGAUCCUAUUGAUAACCUGUUUAUCGCUGCCAAGGAUUUACCUGGAAUUACCACCACGGGAAUCGGUGAUGGCGGUAAUGAGUUGGGGAUGGGUAAAGUGAAGGAGAAGGUGAGGAGCCUGAUACCCAACGGGAGCCUCAUAGCCUGUGACAUUCCUGCUGACUAUGUCAUCAUUGCCGGUGUGAGUAAUUGGGGUGGAUAUGCUGUGGCCUGUGGGCUCUACCUACUCUACACCUGCCCGUCACACCAGAGGUACCUGAGGAGAGGACUGGGUGAGGAACUCACAACAUCCCAAGAACAGCUUCAGGACUGGACCGCUCACCUGCCAUCUGUGGACAAGGAGGAAUCCUUCCUCUCCACUCUGAUGCAAUUUGGAAUACGAUGUGGUAUAACUGGUCACUUGGCGAUGAAGGUGGAUGGUUUGACAUUUCACCCCACACACUCCGACAUCAUCACCAAACUACGAGAGGUCACACUGUAGACUUCAACUUAAAAAAAAAAGUAUGAGUAUGUAAAAAAAAUAAAAAGAUAUACAGUAUGUAUGUAUAUGUAUAUAUAUAUAUAUAUAUAAUGUAGUUAAUAUGAAUCACUUUGAAAGCUCAAACCUUGGGUGUAUGAGUGCUCAUUUGGGUCAGCUGUUCAGAUCACACAUGACCAGUGUAUGAAAGGAAGUGAGAGAGAAAGGAGUUUCCUGGCACUCAUUGUUCUUUUCAUAAGGAGCAAACAGAGGCACAACAACAACAACAACAACAACAAAAUCACAAAAAUGGGUGACAGCUGCCCCUAAUUUAAUAUAUUUGUAUGAUAUAAAACACAUUUUUGAAAGUCAAAGAUGGCUCCACAGAACCUCAGUCCUUCCUGAAAACAAACUGACCCGGGAAAUUUCACCAGGAGCGACAUUCAGGCUCACUACAAUGACAGUGAUGGUGUCUGAUGGUACAUACAAGCCUGUUACUCUCUGCAAGGUUACAGUUUAAGUGUUAAAUAUUAAUAAUACCGCUGAAACACCGGGGCGAAGUUGCUUCACACGCGUGCUUCGUAUUGCGUCACAAUGCCGACAUACUUUCUGUAACGUGCAAGUGUUACAGGCGACUUGAGCGAUGCUGUAAAUCCCGCGUCACCGCCCGUCAUUCUGCUACAGCAUUUUCAUAUCAAAACACAGCUGAUCCGCAUAAUUAUGUGUGAAACAAUAACCUCUGCCCCAGAAAAAGUCUCCAGAACCUUCUUCUACUGUAUGUGUGUGUGUGUGUCUACCGGUGCCUACAAAAGUUUUGAAGACAUGCUCAAAUUUUAAAGUCGUUGCUAGGCAACAACAACACCACUUAUCGGCCUGUCAUGUUACAGUAAUGCGAGGAAUGAAGACAGAGAAAAUAGCCCCUUGGGAAACUUCUCUGACCUAAACUAGCACGGAACGGACUAAAGCCAGGUCCAAGUCCGGAUAGUCUUCAGGCUCAUGUAGCGUCACGUUUGUGAUUAAAGGUUUAGUCAGCAGAAAGAUAUAUGUACAUGAAGUAAAAAUCAAGGAAUGAUGUCCAGCUCCAGCACACGCCUUUGUUUUGUUUUUUCCAGCAGUGACCUUUGUCCAAAAUGUGACCCCAGUUUAAUAAUAUGACUUCCUGCUGGACGGCAGCAGCAGCCAGGAGCAGAUACAACUGCCAAGAUUAACACACACACAC